UAUAGACAGUUUAACUAAUGAGCUGACUGUUCACCUUGGGAAUAAAGUUAAACUCCUGCAGUGAUGUCCAUUUCAUCGUGAACAGUUUGUCGAUGAGUAAUGCAAGUGUCACCUUUGAUUCUUAUUGAGUUUCUUUAUAAAGACAAAAAAUUGAGCUUUUAAAGUGCAUUUAUUCCGGUUGUUGAGCAGGUUCACAGUUGUCACUCUUAGAUAUUCUACCGUAGUACGUUAUCCUUUCCUUCCCUCUUUACGUAUUUCAAUUAGCGUAUUAGUUAGGCUGCAUGCUUUGGCGUAGUCCAUGAGUGGUUUUCUCCACUGUGAGGUGUUCACUGAUCACUUAGGUGGUCUUGUUCGAGUGUGCAUGUUUAGGGGUUUCCGUACUCAACGUUUAAAAGCUUGAAAAGGCAGGAAACAACCGGAACCAAUCAUCACACAAGUGGAUCGAAGACAAAAACCCUUCAAGCAUGUUAAAAAAUAGUUAGCGAAAUAUAAUGUGGCUUCGUAAACUUGCUCAUAGGAUUACUCAUCCACGCAAUGGUGAAGGAAAAUGUAAUCACAAUGGCGGCGAUGAAACUGAUCGGAGGCACAACUUCAUUCAACGGGAUAUCAAGAAGCUUUGUAAAUGUAGCUCGGUGAGCAUGGGAACGCCCACCCGCAGGUCUGCGUUCAACCAACCACACUUUGAUAUAUGCAGCCAUGCAAUUAAGGAAAAGUCGAGUAAGGCCGACAUUGUGAAAAAGUAUGCCAAACAAAAAUUCUCCUUAAAGAAACUAAAAAGUUCCUUAUUGACCUUCUUCCCUAUCAGCAACUGGAUCAGGAAUUACAAUCUUCGAACAGACUUAGUUCCUGACAUCAUCUGUGGUCUGACCGUUGCAAUUUUCCAUGUACCCCAAACUCUCGGAUAUGCGCUCAUCGUCGGAGUCCCCGCUAUCAAUGGUCUUUACACGGCCAUGUAUCCUAUGCUCAUGUACGCAAUCUUCGGUACCUCGCGUCACAACUCGAUCGGAGCAUUAGCUGUUAUCUGCAUCAUAAGUAGUAAAGUGGUUCAGACUUCUCGCAGUUCAUUCUCUGAUAUUUCUCCUAUCGAUGUGGCCAGAACCCUCGCUUUUUUCGCCGGUAUAUUUCAGCUGCUGUUUGGCUGUUUGCAUAUGGGUAGUUUAAGCGUCUUUCUAAGCGACCAGUUUGUCUCAGGAUUUACUGCCGGUGUCUCCGUUCAUAUAGGGUCCUCUCAGCUCCAUGGACUUGGAUUCAAUGUAUCAAAGCACACUGGAGCGUUUCCUUUAAUUCGGACAUACACCGACUUAUUUAAGAAUUUAGGCGAUACCCACUGGCAGACUCUCGUCUUUAGUGUCAUUAUUAUUCUGAUAAUUCUUGCGGUAAAAAUCUUAAUCGAUCCGUAUCUGCUCAAGAAAUUCCAUAUGCCACUGCCCAUCGAGAUGAUUGUUCUGGUACUCAGUGUUAUUCUAUCCAACACUAUGGAUCUCAAACAACACGGCUUUGAUGUGGUCAAAACGAUUCCCAACAGUGUCCAGAAACCCACCAUACCUGUCCUCCGAAUCGAGCUAAUCAACUUCAUCUUGGUGGACGCAGUCCUUGUGGCAAUUGUGUCGUUCACUAUUGGAGUAUCUUUGGGACGAAUUUGGGCCCGCGAACGGGGCUACGAAAUACAGCCCAACCAGGAAUUCUUUGCGCUUGGCAUUAGCAACUUCUGCGGUUCACUGUGCGGUUGUUUUCCGGUUGGGGCCUCGGUGCCUCGAAGCUCACUGCAGUUCUUGGCAGCUGGCCGAACACAGUUGGCAAGCUUCAUAAAUUCAGGCGUGAUUCUUUUCGUUAUCCUCGUCAUGGGAAAAUUUCUCGAGGGGCUUCCUGUAGCCACCCUAUCAGCUAUCAUCAUUGUAUCACUGAAGAAGAUCUUUAUGCAGGUCCGAGACUUCAAAAGUUUCUGGAACCUGUCGAUCAUUGAUGGGCACGUAUGGCUGGUGUCCUUCUUCGCUACAGUUAUCUUAGACACGGUUUAUGGGCUUCUUAUCGGAAUCUUAUUCUCGUUGGGGACGCUUGUCUACAAAGUUCAGAGGCCCAAAACUUUUCUACUUGGAGAGAUAGCAAACUCCGAGUACUAUGUUCCCAUCAAGUUCUGCGCCAAUGCCCGCGAAAUUCCGGGAGUAAAAAUAUUCCAAUAUGGAGGCCCGUUACAUUUUGCGAACGCAGAAUUUUUUCGUACCGAACUGAUAAGAAAAUGCGGCACCGAAUACGGAAUAUUAUAUAAUCAGGCCCGCACAAUGCAGUUACCACAUCCUAUUGGAAGGCAAAUCAGCCAAAAACAGACGCGAUACAUUAUACUCGACUUUUCACGGGUAACCUUCGUUGACGGUUCAUCUGCUCUUCUCUUAAAACAGAUAAUCGAUUCAAUGAAGUCACGACGUAUUACCAUCUUCAUCGCAUCCUGCUCGCCGUACAUCUUCUCAGUUCUCAAAAAGGCUGAACUCAGUGAAGUGAUCCUCGAUACGGAUUUCUAUCCCACGGUCCAUGACGCCGUGAUGAAUACGCACGUCUCCUACACGAGAUCGUCCGGACAGCCAAAUCGACAUCGACGUUUCUUGACUAGCGAUAGAAUGGCUUUAUCCAACGAGGCGUUCGGUCCUGACAGCCUGCACACAGACGACCAUGCACACGAGUCAGAGGAAGACGAACACAAUUUAUCUCCCAAUAGCGACAGGGCAAAAGCAGCAGUACGCGUGAUAACGGAUUAAAACUUCCCACUUUCAAUACUUCUGUAUAAAACAUCUUGGGAUUGAAAAAGAUCUUGACUUGAAUAUGGAGCAUAUUUCCUCAAAUAGUUGCAGCUCUUUUAUUAUGUCAUGUUGCAGAUAAAGGGCUGCAAUUGUGCCGAUAGUAAGUUGGCUCAAGUCUAACUAUACUCUAAACGAUCACCUAAAAUUCCAUUGAUUCCAAAAUAAUCCUCCGGGAGAUCAAAUCCGAAAUCUCGCAGUUUAUACGCGGGUCAAAAUCAACUAGCUUGAUAGCUAAUUUGAUAAU